CUGACCCGGACACACUUUUCCUCUCGUGACCAAGUCGAACCGAGAGAAACGACAGAAAGAAAAACCCCAGACUUCUCCGGCAACGUUCAUGUCUCAGCAAUCGCAUUCCGGGAGUCCGGAUCAAAUGGCUAUGUAUAUUCGUGUUAAGCAUUGUAAGACAACCUAUUUUCUGCAAUGCGAUCCAACAGAGACAAUUCUGAAAAUCAAGGAGAAGUUGCAUGCCCUCAUUGAUCAACCAGUUGAUGACCAGCGUUUGAUUCUAAUGGAAACUGGCAGAAUUUUAGAUGACUCAAAAACAUUGGCAGAUCAAAAGGUCGAAAAUGAUGCUGUUGUGGCACUGACCUUGAGAAAAGAUGACAACGAAUUUGAGGAUGUAAAUAUUGUGAGGCCAAAUGAUUUUUACCAAUCCCGGGAUUCGGACGGUGGAGUGAAUUGUUGAGCUACAAAUAUGGCUGGAAUAGCUUAGCUUAGUUGUGACUUAUAUCUGUUCUUCUAUACGUAUUCUUCUCAUGGCCAUUGACUUAUCACCUCUUGCUUGGGGUGCCUUUGAACCCUUAAGGAAGUCUGUUACAGGUUUCCAAUUGUAAGGUGUUUUUUAUGUGGGAUUUACGAGCUGGGUCUUCUUGCUGAUUUAAUUUGUAAGUACUGUGUUGGUAUGUUUUGUGAUGAAUAUCAUCGUCAUCGUCAUUAUCAUUGCCGUUAAAGAAAAUUAUUGAAAUGC